AUGGGAGCCAGAGGUGUUGCAACUAGCAUCUUGAAGAUGCAGCUACUAAUCCUGCUAAGCGGAGUUCUACUCUCCAUUCAAGCCGCACCAACGGAAGUCACCGAAGAUGUAACCCAUCCGCCGCAAGAUCAGCUGCAGACCGAGUCUCGAUCCCGCAAGGACGAUGUCCUGGAAGUGGACGAAGACCUGGACGGGCGAAGUGCCUAUGUUAACAAUCAGUUUGUACCCAGUGAACCCGUCGAGGUGUUGGACGAUGAGCAGAACACCCCACUCUAUGAGAUACUACAGAAACAAAUGGAGCAGGUCCUGGCCUCCUCGGCUCCCAAUGAUCCCGUGUACGAGCAACGCGAGAAGCAGGAGAGACGUGACCAGCAGCCGCCGCACCAACCGCCUCUUUUCUCUGAUGUGCAUCGAGGAGAUGGUGUUGGUGACUUGCAGGAGGAUGACUACGAUGACGAGCAGGAUCAGACGGAUCAGGGAUAUCCCGGUGAUCCCGAGAAACCAGAUGCAUUGGCAGGUGUCCAAGAGGAGGAGCAGGAUCAGCCUGAAACGGGCUACCAGGCACCUCAGCUAAGUCCACCAACCAGCACCACUCGCAGACCGCACAGGCGUCGCACCACUGCCCAGCCCCGAACCACAAGACCCAGAACCUCCGCCCAGCCCAGAGUGACGACCAAGACUAUGAACCAGACCAGCAGCACCACGGAAUCGACGCCAUCCUCCAGCACCACUACUCCAAGGCCCAGGAUCAGUGGCAGGCCACCUGUAGGAUUUCCUGCAGAUCCUCAGGUCUACCAGCACAAGCGGCGCAUCAUCUUCAAGACCAUUUCUACGGGUUCGCAAUUCAUUAACUCACCCAUCGGUGACCUUAUGAUCAAGUUCUCCAUUGGAUUUGCCAAGCCAGCUACUCCAGGUGGUGCGGUCAGCUCACCCAGCUCAUCCAGUUCCUCCAGCGAGGCCCUGCGUGCCUUGUCCCAGAACCUGAUUCGCAAUUUGGAGCUACAGAAACUUAAAAGAUCCAAUAAAAUACAAAAAGAUUAAAGAAUUGAAAUUAUUAUACCCUUCUAGUGUAUAUAAACCAUUGCUUUAUAUUCUAAAUACCUGAAAAUUUAUUAAAAUACGACUUUCAGUGGUUUUAAGCGCCAACGUAAUGCCUUGCAAUGAGUAAAAGCAAUGGAAUGUGGAGCUUUCACAUCAGAGGUCAU